AAAUUACAGAGAAGCAGGCAAACAAAAUGGCGCCUGGCAACAAAAAUCAAGCAGAUCGAAAUUUUUAGUUUUUAAUUUCUACUAAAUAAUUUUACAUUUUAGGUAUGUCAGUUCAAUUAUUUAAGUUGCUUGUUAAUUCAGUUAGGCAGAGAUUACCUCGACCUUCUAUUUUAUCCAGAUCAGGCCUACAAAUAAGAUCGAUAGCUGUAAUGGAAGUAGUGAAAGACAGAAAAGAUGAAAGUGACACCAAAGAGGAAUUAGUACAGGACAAAAAGCACACGAGAUACAAACGCAGGUUUCUAAAACGCCAGUGGGAGGACUCUGGGGAUGGGAGAAAAGAGAAUGACGCAAGUGGGGAGAAGAAAGUGUGUGACAAACCAUUUGAAAGGAUCAAGAGGAAGAAAGUAGCCAUGUUGCUUGGUUACUGCGGUGUUGACUACUACGGAAUGCAAAGGAACCCUGGUGUUCCAACUAUAGAAGAAGACCUAUUGAAAGCCCUGUUUGAUGCCAAGUACAUAACAGAGGAGGAUUUCACUAACCAGCAGAAUGCGCAGUUCCAGAGGAGCUCCCGGACGGACAAAGGAGUGUCGGCUGCCAGGCAGGUUGUCUCUCUUAAACUACCUCUUGAAGUGAACAUAGAUGAAAUAAAUAGCAGACUCCCCCCAUGUAUAAAAGUGUUUGGUAUAAAGCGAGCAACCAACAAAUUCAACUCGAAAUCAAAGUGCAAUGCUCGGACAUAUAGCUACACUCUUCCCACCUAUGUAUUCGAGCCGAGUCUGAGCGAGACAGAGAGAAAGACUUACAGGAUAUCUGCAGAAAAGAUGACUAAAGUGAAUGAAGUGCUUAGUGUUUAUAGAGGGACUAAAAGUUAUCACAAUUUUACGGAAAAGAAGCACUACCAAGAUCCGUCGUCUCUAAGGUACAUGAUGAGCUUCAGUUUGGAAAGAGUAUUUAUUGAGUCUGAAAUGGAGUUUGCUGAGUUAUUAGUUAAGGGUCAGAGCUUCAUGCUGCAUCAGAUCAGGAAGAUGGUGGGUUUGAUGAUAGCUGUGGUACGUGGACAGACAGAUAUGGGCAUGAUGGAGAAAGUGUUUGGAAAGGAUAAGGUCAUGAUUCCCACCGCCCCCGGCUUGGGUUUACUGCUUGACAAGGUGCACUACGAGAGAUACGACGCUAAGUUCAAAGGCAGCCAUGACAGCUUGACGUGGGACGCGGAGGACGAAGCGGUGGAGACGUUCAAACGCGACCGAAUAUUCCCCUACAUCAUCCAGGGGGAGAUCGAGGGCAAUUCCAUGGGUUUGUGGCUCGAGAAAAUCAAGAGGCAUUCCUUUGAACCUUCCGAUGACGUCCCUGAUGACAAAAAUGACAUCGGUGACACUGGCGGUGAUGACGACGACGACAAUGAUGACAUCUGUGAUGACGGCGAUGACAACACAAGCAAAGAUUUUAAAGGAGAUGAAGUAAACGGUGUAACACAAGAUAUAGAAGACAAUAAUGCAUCUAAAGAUAUUAAAGCUGAUGAACUGAAAGAUAUAACAAGAAACAUUGAAGAGAAUAAUACAAUUAAAGAUGACAGAACUAAAGAUAUUCAAGAUGUUAAAGAUAGUCAUAGAGAUGCAGAAAAAUUGAUAGAUGUAGCCACACCUGAAAAGAAUGAAAAAAUAGAAUUAAAUGAUGCAGAAUGUGAAGUGGCAACACAGAAAUAAGAUAAAAUCUUAUAAUGUGUUUGGAUUUAAGCUUUUUAAUUGGGACUCAACUGUCUGCCCAGCUAUUUGGGGUCUCUUAACGCUACCCUUUACGGUGAGAGGUCGCUUUUGUAGUGCCUUGGAACCCCCCACAUCCAUCGUUCUUUGCGUCUACAAGGGACGUGAAAUUGAAGACACGUAUUAUAGACAUUACUUUAAACAUAAAUUCAGUGUAUCGAGAGAGUCUUAGUAAGUGAUAAUUUUAUUCUAAGUAUAGUUAAAUAAAGGCUGCGCCUAUAUAUAAUUUAUUUUA